AUGGAAUACGAUCGUGAAAAAAAAUUGGGAGAAGGAGGUUGUGCUAUUGUUUUUGAAGGUGUAUGGAAUGGAAAGCCAGUGGCUGUUAAACGAAUUCCUAAAAAUGAGGUCACAAGCAACGAGCGAGAGGAAGAUGCACUGAAAACGCUUAAUCAUCAAAAUGUCAUCAAGUUAUUUCACGUCGAAAGUGACAAACAUUUUAGAUAUUAUGUUCUUGAAUUGUGCAAUGCUUCACUGGAAAAACUAUUUCUUAAAGAUGACGAUCCCAAAAAAUACAGCGGGCCGAUGCCCGCAGUUAAAGAUGUACUUUUGCAAUUGGCCAUAGGACUAGAACACAUUCACAACAAGGGAUUAGUACAUCGCGACCUGAAGCCUGAAAAUGUCCUAAUUUGGGUAGAUCCAAACACACAAAAAGUGUUAAUGAAGUGGGCGGAUUUUGGACUGAGUAAACGAGUCAACGAAAAAGGAAGUUACUCAAUGCAGAGCGGAGUUAAGGGUACCUGGUAUUAUUUGGCACCAGAGAUUUUACUUGAAGAACAUACAAGUACGUCUGCAAGUGGAACAAUAUCAACAAUUAAACGAGGAAACAUCAAAAGCGAUGUAUUUGCAGAAGGAAUCGUAUUCGGCUACUUUCUUUUGGGCGGUGUUCAUCUUUUCGGUUCAGGUCAUCAUAUUCCAUUCAAUAUAAUCGAAAAUGAGCCUCCCAAUCUGCCAAACAUUCAACCAAAAGACCUACGUAUGCUGAUCCAAAAAAUGUUGGAAAAAGAUCCACAUAAACGAAUUACUUCUUCUGACGUCACGCAGGAACUCCAAGAAAUUGAAAUGUCAAUUAACAAAUCAAUAUUUGCCGAAGAUACUUAUCCAAGCGUGGAAGAAGUCGAAAAACUGUUACAGAAAGGAAUGGAUAUAAACUCUGUGGACGAAAAAGGGUUGACUCCACUUCUGCAUUUGGCACUUCCCAAAAAAAAUGAAGGUGACAAUUUAGUUGAAAUAGUUCGCCUACUAAUCACAAACGAGGCAAAUGUCCACUGCGAGACUGAAAACAAAAUGAAUGCUCUGCAUUUACUGUGCGAACAUUAUAAAAAUGAAAAUUUUAUCGAUUUAGUGAAACUUUUGAUUGAACAGCGAAUCAACGUUAAUUGCGAGAAAAAACGAUGGAAUGCUCUCAAUUGGCUGUAUCCAAAUAUGAAUUCACAUUAUGUCGCAGAUACUAAACAACGUCUGACUGAAGUGAAUAGCGUGAUUGGAACUUUAAAGAACAAAAUCGGAGAUUUAACGGCGGAAUUGACAAAGAAUACUGCCGCCUCGUCAAUUGGGAAAAUGGCCGUCUCGUGCGGGGACCUCCAUCAAAUUGGCCACAUAAGAAGCGGAUUGUUUUCCAUCAUGUGA